CCAUCCUUCAUUGCUUCACUUCCUUUUCCCUCUUUAACUAAUACUACAAAAAUCCUCAGUCUCUCUCUCUCUCUCUCUCUCAAUCACUGCUUACGUUCUAGUUCCGGAGCUGAAAAUGGCGGCGUCUCCGUCCAUGGAGGAAUUCUUGAAACAAUGUCAGCAGUCCGGGGAUGCUGCGUAUGCUGCAUUUCGGUCUCUGUUGGAGCGGUUGGAGGAUUCCAAGACUCGAGUGCAGGCUCGAAUCUUCCUUUCUGAUCUCCAUAAGCAUGUCAGUGACUCCGAUCAGUGCCUCCAGAAGUACCAUUUCCGGAUCCAAGAUGUAUUACUGGAACAAUAUGAAGGUUAUCAGGGAAGGAAGAAAUUGACAAUGAUGGUGAUCCCUAGCAUUUUUAUCCCUGAAGAUUGGUCCUUCACCUUUUAUGAGGGACUUAAUAGACAUCCGGACUCAAUCUUCAAGGACAAGACAGUUGCUGAGCUUGGCUGUGGGAAUGGAUGGAUAUCCAUUGCUAUUGCUGAGAAGUGGCUACCUUCAAAGGUGUAUGGUCUUGAUAUUAAUCCUAGAGCAGUAAAGGUAUCCUGGAUAAACUUAUAUUUAAAUGCUUUGGAUGAAAAUGGUCAACCCAUCUAUGACGCAGAGAAGAAAACUUUACUCGACAGGGUGGAGUUUUAUGAAUCUGAUCUACUUGCUUAUUGUAGAGAUCAUGACAUUCAACUUGAACGAAUUGUUGGAUGCAUACCACAGAUUCUUAACCCAAAUCCAGAUGCAAUGUCUAAAAUGAUAACAGAAAAUGCAAGUGAAGAAUUUCUGUAUUCAUUGAGUAACUACUGUGCACUUCAGGGCUUUGUUGAGGAUCAGUUUGGCCUUGGCCUAAUUGCUAGAGCAGUUGAGGAAGGAAUAUCUGUAAUCAAGCCUAUGGGGAUUAUGAUUUUUAACAUGGGUGGUCGUCCAGGGCAAGCUGUUUGUAAACGCUUGUUUGAACGCCGUGGAUUUCGUGUUGAUAAGCUUUGGCAGACUAAAGUUAUCCAGGCUGCUGACACAGAUAUUUCAGCCUUAGUUGAAAUUGAGAAGAACAGUCCACACAGGUUUGAAUUUUUCAUGGGACUUUCUGGAGAUCAGCCAAUUUGUGCUCGAACAGCGUGGGCAUAUGGGAAGGCUGGUGGUCAUAUUGCUCAUGCUUUAUCAGUUUAUAGCUGUCAACUUCGUCAACCAAACCAGGUUAAGAAAAUUUUUGAGUUUCUUAAGAAUGGCUUCCAUGAGGUCAGCAGUUCUUUAGAUUUGUCUUUUGAGGAUGAUUCUGUUGCUGAUGAGAAGAUCCCAUUCCUAGCGUAUCUUUCUGAUGAACUGAAAGAGUGCUCAGGUUUCCCUUAUGAGUCGCCAGCUGGCAGAAAACGUUUCCGUAAUCUAAUUGCACGCUUUAUGAAAAUAUAUCACCAUAUUCCACUCAAUUCCAAUAAUGUUGUCAUCUUUCCUUCAAGGGCUGUUGCAAUCGAAAAUGCUCUUCGAUUAUUCUCACCUCGUCUAGCAAUUGUUGAUGAACAUCUGACUCGACACCUUCCUCGGCAGUGGUUGACAUCUUUGGCACUUGAGGGUACAGAAAAUUAUGACCCAUCAAAGGAUGCAAUUACAGUGAUUGAAGCACCGAGACAGUCUGAUUUAAUGGUGGAGCUGAUAAAGAAGCUCAAACCGCAGGUGGUUAUUACUGGAAUGGCUCAAUUUGAGGCAGUGACUAGUUCAGCUUUUGUUCAUCUUUUAGAUAUUACUAGAGAGAUUGGGUCCCGUCUUUUCUUAGACAUAUCCGAUCAGCUCGAGCUAUCUAGCCUUCCAGGUCCCAAUGGAGUCCUAAAAUAUCUUGCUGGAACUCGUCUACCUGCGCAUGCUGCAAUCCUUUGUGGCCUUGUAAAGAACCAGGUUUAUUCAGACUUAGAAGUAGCUUUUGUUAUUUCAGAAGAAGAGGCCAUUUUUAGGGCCUUGUCCAAGACUGUGGAAGUACUAGAAGGAGAUACGGCACCAAUCAAGCAGUUUUAUUAUGGCUGUCUUUUUCAUGAGCUUCUAGCUUUUCAGCUUGCAGAUCGACAUCCGCCUGCAGAGAGGGAGUGUGAAAAGGCCAAUUCAGUUGAUGCGAUUGGAUUUGCUAGUUCUGCUAUUUCGGUCCUCAGUGAUUCUGAGCUGUCAAUUAGUGAGGAAGAAAAGUCUUCCUUGAUUCACAUGGACGUAGAUCAAAGUUUCUUGCCAAUUCCUUCUCCUGUCAAGGCUGCAAUCUUUGAAAGUUUUGCAAGGCAGAACUUGGCUGAAUCAGAAACUGAUGUCACCCCUAGCAUCCAGCAAUUCAUCAAGAGUAACUAUGGGUUUCCUAGCAACAACAGCACAGAGUUCAUAUAUACAGACUUCUCACAAGCCCUGUUUAAUAGACUGAUCCUAUGCUGCAUCCAAGAAGGCGGGACAUGCUGCUUUCCAGCUGGCUCAAAUGGGAACUAUGUGUCUGCAGCCAAAUUUUUAAAAGCAAACAUUGUGAGCAUCCCUACUGACUCUGGAUCUGGUUUCAAGCUGACUGAUAAACUACUUACUGGAGUACUUGAAACUGUGAAUAAACCAUGGGUUUAUAUUGCUGGCCCUACAAUCAACCCUUCGGGUUUGCUUUACAGCAACAAAGAGAUGGAGAAUAUAUUAACUACUUGUGCGAAAUAUGGGGCAAGAGUUGUCAUAGAUACUUCAUUUUCAGGAUUGGAAUAUGAUUUGGAAGGUUGGGGUGGCUGGAAUUUGGAGGAAACGUUAUCAAAGUUGAAUUCGUGUGGCAACCCAUCCUUUUGUGUAUCCUUGCUUGGAGGACUCUCUCUUGGAGUAUUGAAAUUUGGUUUUCUGGUUUUAAACCAUCCUUCCCUGGUCAACGCGUUUUAUAGCUUUCCAGGAUUAAGUAAACCUCAUAGCACUGUCAAAUAUGCUAUAAAGAAGUUGCUGGGAUUGAAUGAAAAGAGAGCAGAUCUGAUGGUUGCUGUUGCAGAACAAACUAAAAAACUAAAAUCCAGAUCCCAGCGCAUGAAAGAGACACUUGAGAAAUGUGGGUGGGAAGUUCUCCAGCCUUGUGGUGGUGUUUCCAUGAUGGCAAAGCCUUCUGCCUACCUGAACAAGGUCAUGAAGAUCAAGCAUUCAGCUGAUGGUGAUGUCAAAAAUGCCCCCACUUACGAAGCCAAGCUCGAUGACUCAAAUAUCAGGGAAGCCAUUGUCAAGUCCACGAGUUUAUGUAUCAACAGCGGCUUAUGGACUGGAAUUCCUGGGUACUGCCGCUUCACAUUUGCUUUGGAAGAUGGUGACUUUGAGCGGGCAUUGAAUUGCAUAAUUAAAUUCAAGGAUCUUAUCAAUAACUAAAAUGACAAUCAUGUGUUGUCUGAUGCAGUGUUUUUACCAUUUAGGAAAUAAAGCAAAUCUGUAAUCUAACUUACGGAAAUCACAGCAACUUAUGCAAGCCAGCAUCAGCUGAGAUCUUUCUCUUCUCUUACCAAUCCAUGUUUCUUAUUGGAUAGGGUUUGAGCUCAAUACCAAUUUCUGUAAGAACUGCCAAGUGGAUUUUAUUGAAAUCUUGUCCGAUGUUCACUUGUUUC